CGAACGCCCUACCGUUCCCAAGAUCGUGAAAUCCCAGGUAAAAAACAGUGGGUGGCAAUAAAUUUAGGGGCUCCUGUUUUCUAAUCCCCUCCGCUCAAGCCAUUAAUGGUCGUUCAAGUUUCUAGGGCACGGUGACCCUCUCUCUCUCUCUCUCUCUCUCGCUCUCUCUCUCGCUCACUCAGAAGCAGAGGAGAUUAAUCAGAUCCACCCCAAAGCUUCAUUCUUUCAUUGAUUUGCUUGAGGUUUCAGACCUCUUCAAGCACUUCAAAGAAAUCUGUUUCCUCUUACAGCUACAAAAAAGAUUAUCUAUGCCAUGGAGGAGAGUGACGCUCACAGUCCAAAAUUAGAGGUUAAGAGCACUAAAAUGCUCCCACCACCAACAGAGAACUUCUUUCAAAGUCGAGAAGAACUUCUCAAACACGUCCGCGAUUUUGCCAUGACACAAGGUUAUAUGAUAUCGAUUAAGAGAUCAGAUAAAGAGAAGAGAGUAAUCCUUGGAUGUGAUAGAGGAGGCACCUACAGAAGUAGGCUUAGUGCUGCACAGAGUAAUCGUCAAAGGAAAACAUCUACUCGCCUUAUAAGUUGCCCCUUUGAACUUCAAGGUAUAAGAAUGAGUGAGGGCAUAUGGGUGCUCAAAGUUAAGAAGGCAGAUCACAAUCAUCCGCCUUCAGAAGAUGUUUCUGCCCAUCCUUUUUGUCGUCGGUUUUCAGAGGAAGAGGUUGUGCAAAUCAAAGAAAUGAAUGCAGCUGGUAUAAGGCCACGCCAAAUACUUACAACACUUAGGCAAAGUAAUCCAAAUCUUAAAGCGAUAUCAAUGGAUGUUUACAAUAUCAAAGGUAAGAUUCGUCGUGAGAAUCGAUCGGGGCGUAGCCCAAUUCAGGCUUUGUUAGAUGAGCUUGCUCAUUGUGGUUUUCUCUACUAUUUCCAAUGCGAUGAAGAAGGCCAGUUGACACAUCUCUUCUUUGCUCACCCCAUUUCAGUUGUGUUGAGCAAGAGCUACUCAAAUGUGUUUAUAAUGGAUUGCAGUUACAAGACAAACAAGUACAAGAUGCCAUUACUUGAUAUUGUUGGGGUAACAAGUUUUAAUACUUCUUUCUUUUCAUGUUUUAUUUUUUUAAGCAAGGAGGAGGAGGAAGAUUAUGUAUGGGCGUUGAAAAUGUUUGAGGCCAUGCUGGGUGGUGGAGCUGGCCAUUCCCAACCUGCUGUGAUUGUAUCUGAUAGGGAAGUGGCCUUAAUGAGAGCCAUGCGUGUUGUCUUUCCAGCCACUGCAAAUCUUUUGUGCGUGUGGCGAAUUGAAAAAGAUAUUGUAUCAAACUGUAAGCCUCACUUUAAAGAUGGAGACAAUUGGUCUGGAUUCUUAUCUUCUUGGACUAAUUUGAUAAACUCUCCAACUGAAAUAGCGUAUCAUGAAGCAUGGAGAGCAUUCCAAACCCAGUUUAAUGAGAAGAUGGUUGCUCUCAAUUACAUUGCAAGUACUUGGCUUCCUUUUAAAGAGUAUUUUAUAAAGGCAUGGACAGAGAAGCAUCUUCACUUUGGAAAUCGAGUCACUUCUAGGGCAAAAGGCGCACAUUCAAUGCUAAAAAGCCAUCUGCAAUUUUCAGUCGGGGAUCUUCAAGUGGUGAAAAACAAGAUUUGUCUUGCCACUGAGAUGCAAUUUCAAGAAAUCAAAACCCGGCUUUCAAUGGAAAGAAUUCGAAUCCCACACGAUUUGCGUAUACCGUUCUUUAAUGAGCUUGUUACCCAUGUGUCGAUAUUUGCAUUGAGGGAGCUCUUCAAGCAAUAUCAACUGGCUCGAUCCAAUCCAUCAUGGUCGGUAUGUAUGAAUCAGUUCACAACAACCAUGGGACUUCCUUGCGCGCAUAGGAUGAAAUCUCGAAUGGAUGAAAACCAAGUUAUGCAUCUCAGUGAUAUCCAUUUACAAUGGCGAAUCGACCAUAGAUCAUUCAACAAUAUUGAAGCUGGGCUAAACAAUCAAGAAGAGAGACAUCAACAACAGGAACAUCUUGUUCAGCAAGAGCGUCCUCAAAAUCAGCUUUCUCAGCUUGUGGAGACCGUGACUCCUUUUAUUCAAGAACCCAGUGUUCUCCGCCCUAGAGGACGGCCGCCAAAGUCAAAGGAAAAAAGGACAAAUAGCUCCACUUCAAAAGACCAUUCAGCUUCUGAUAGUGAAAAGAAAUCAGGAAAGUGCAGUUUUUGCAAAGGAGUUGGUCACAACAAUAGAACAUGUCAACUUAAAGUCACAGCAAUCGCUUCCAAGUUCCCUAUGAUCUAUGCUCACCCCUUUGGUACAAAAUAGGUAACCCUUUGUUAAUAGAUUCUUUGUGAAGGACGAUGAGGCCAGGUGCUCUGUUCCCUGGCAAGGGAGAACCCAACCAUUUUCCCCUCCUCUUUUUGACAAAACCCGAUAACUGAUGUUCAUGUGUUAAAAUCAUAUUUAAGGUCUUUCUUUC